AUGGAUCCUAGUAUAGGCUAUAGCAAGAUCCGAACGAAGGUGAAUGCUUUGGAUGAACGAAUCAAAGAGGUCAUAUGGGAAUUCGAAGAUUUACUAGAAUCCCAUUACGCUGAUCAGAUUCUUCCACAGCUUGAAAGCGAGAGAGAUCGCUUGCCUUUCUUAGUAGAUAUGCAGAGUCUGCGGCAGAGUGUUGAUUGCUUCAUCAAGAGGGUGAAGGCAAUGGAGGUGGAGUACGAUAAUGAACCGUUGAAUAUGCGUGAAGAAGAAGGUGAACCUCUUUCCUCAAGAAUUGAUUUUGGUGGAAUCAACUCACACAUGGUUGGAUUGUCCGAUCAAUUUGAACAACUGAGGGAUUAUCUUCUUGCAAAAGGUGAAGGUGAAGGUCACAAAACUGAUGGUAAAGGUAAAGAGGAUGAUGAUGAUGGUGAUGAAUAUGAAGCUGAAAAGAAUAGUGUAUCAGUUAUUGGGAUGGCAGGGGUUGGAAAGACCACUCUAGCAAAGAAAGUAUUUGAUGAUCCAUCCAUUCAGAGACAUUUCAAGCUUCGAGCAUGGGUCAGAGUAGGCAGAAAAUGUGAAUCCACUGAAACAUUGUGGUGCAUUCUAGCUCAAGUGGAUCCCAGCACUCACCACCAAAUGCUUACCCAAAGAGACAACGACGGGAAAUUACAUGGACUCUUGAAAGAGAGAGUCAAGGAUAAGAAAUGUCUCAUUGUGCUAGAUGAUGUAUGGGAAUGGGACACACGAUUAAUGGAUAGCUUGCGAAAAAAGAAUGUCCAAAUUUUGCUUACAAGCAGGCUGAGAAUUGAAGAUUCUCCAAUUAUUCAUGUAGUUCGCUUGUUGAAUAACGAAGAAAGUGAGGAAUUACUUAGUAAGCAAGUGUUCGGUGAAAAAGGUUUUCCAGCUUAUCUUGAGGAAUUUGGAAAGAAGAUUGCUGAAAAAUGUGAAGGUCUUCCACUUAUGAUAGUGACAGUUGCAGAGCUCCUAUCAAAAGCCAACAAGGGCGUGGGUACAAAGAGUUGCACUGUAGAAAUUCUUAAAAGAAUCCCGAACUUAAUGUUUCUAUCCAUUGUUAGUGUUAGGAAGCCUUAUGAUGAAGAUGAUGAUAGCAACUCAUUAAGUGGCUUGGCUAAUAUCUCAGAGGAACUCCAGAAUUUGAUAUCUCUUACAUACGAAGUAGUUUACUCAGAUAUGAAGUGGAAGAGUAUGGUGCCACUUUCAAUGUUCCCAUCAAGUCUUCUAGUAUUGAGUUUGAGUGGUUUAGGGUAUCCUUGGAAGUACAUGAACGAGAUUGGUUCGAUGCUACCAAAUCUUAGCCACCUCAUACUAAAAGAUUAUGCAUUUCGAGGGCCGAAGUGGGUAUAG